AUGGGAUAUAUUGUGCCCUAUAUAAAUAUUCUUCAAUUGUUACAGGUGGCGGGCGUGGUGGGUCGCGCAGAUGUGCUGGCGUGUUUGUUCUUCCUCUCGUCCCUGCUACUAUAUCAUGGGUCAUCGAGUAGGAGACGCGUGUGGUCGAGCGUAGUGCUGGCAGCUCUCAGUAUGCUGGCGAAGGAGACAGGUCUCACCGCUCUGUUGCUAAAUAUAUCUUUUGAUAUAUACCGCAGUUGGAACUCUAUCACAAGGUCACCAUCAAGAUGUCGCUGGAGAGGUGAUAGUGUCUGGUGUAGAGUUGGGAAAGGAGUAUUAGUUUUAAUGCUACUGGCAGGAGCGAGACUCGCCUUAUUGCAAGGAUCUCUACCAGCUUUUUCAGCCCAAGACAAUCCACCUGCUUUCCAUCCCUCCUUUGCCAUCAGGCUAAUGACAUUCUGCUACCUGGCUGCGUUCAACUGGUGGUUGUUAUUAUGUCCGUGGACUUUGAGCCACGAUUGGCAGAUGGGUUCAAUACCGCUGGUAGCGAGCGGUUGGGACCCUCGCAAUUUGCUGACAUGUGCCGCUUUCAUUACUCUACUUGCUUUAUCUUAUAAAUGCUUCAUGGAUUUAGAGCUUCAGCGUCACACGCCACUCGUAUUGGGAGUUAUGCUUCUCGUCAUUCCGUACCUGCCUGCGUCCAACCUACUGGUCACUGUUGGGUUUGUGGUCGCUGAACGAGUGCUUUAUAUACCAAGCGUGGGUUCAGUAGUGAUCACAGUGUACGGUGUGCAGUUGAUGUGGAAGAGGGCAGGAAGCAGGCGACUGCUGGCGCUGGGCGCGGCGGCGCUGGUGGCGGCGGGCGCGGCGCGGACGCAUCUCAGGAAUCGGGAUUGGAGGACCAGAGAAACCUUACUUAGAGCUGAUCUAGCUGUUCUUCCACACAAUGCCAAACUGCAUUACAACUUCGCAAACUUCUUGAAAGAUAUCGAGCAACAAGAAAACGCUAUCAAACACUACAAGGAAGCUCUUAACCUAUGGCCAAGUUACGCUAGUGCGCACAACAACCUCGGCACGCUGGUGCUGGCGUCUGGUCGCGCUGAGCAUCACUUCCUCCAAGCGCUGAAGUACAACCGCGACCAUGUCAACGCGCAUUAUAAUUUAGCUAAGCUUUAUAGAAAAAAGAACCGUAUAGCUGAAUCACUAAAAAUGCUUGAACGUUGCAUAUCGCUGGAACCUCGUUUUGUGCAAGCGCAUCUUGAGCUCCUUCAUAUUACUCCUGAUAAUGAUAAAAAAAUUACUCUCGACAAACUCCUUGAACUAGAGCCUGAGAACUGGGAACAUUAUUACUUAUAUGGAAAUUGGUUAAAAGGACGAGGUCUGUGGCCGCUCUCACUAGCGUACUACACGUCAGCGAUACGGCUGUCCAUAGCCCGCAGCGAGCGGGGCGCGCUGCCCGCCGUGCGCGCGGCCGGCCUGCUGCUGCGAGGCGCGGGGCAGCGGGCGCGGCUGCUACAACUACUUACUAGGUGGCAGGGAGCGGGGGGCGGCGCCGCUGCGGCUGAGAGAAGGCGCGCGGCCGCGGCGGCGUGGCGCCUGCGCACCGAGCUGGAAGGACGUGCCGCUAAAUAUGCUAGGGCACCUCUGGUGACGUCUACCUGCCUUCAUCACAGUCAGUUGGAGUUACCAAAAAACAAGCAGGAUAUUGUGAAUAUAAAUUCGAGGACAAUUAAUAGUGUUCCUUCUUUAGAUAAUAAGCCAAGUUGCCAAAAAAAACUAUAUAAUAAGAAAAGUUUAUCAAUAUCUGCUCAGUAUAAGCCCAUACAUAACAAAUCUGAGAGCGGCUUGAAGAAGAGCUGCCCUUUGCAUAAGAAGAAAAUUAAGGAUCCAAACGCGUUUCCACCAUAUGUAUCUGAACAUUUAAUAAAGACUUAC